AUGACAGAACAGAACACAGCUCCGCCCUCUCGCCCUCAGGCCAAUGAUGCCAAGCCUAAGAAUACACGAGACGGUCUGUAUGAGUCUACGGUUUAUCUACCUAGCAAUCUAGAAGCUAUGGUUGGUGUACGCGAUUCCUUCCUAUUUACUGACGUAGAAUGGAAGCGGAGUUUGGGGCGUCGAAUAGAAGACGCGCACCACUAUGGCCUAGCCAUCGUGCCGUACGAAGAGCUAUAUUCCUUGGCGACCGAGAAAGCGUACCCGAGAGCCUGGCCAUAUCACGAACUUCAGAGAUAUCUGAGAGUCGUACUGAGAAUCGGUGAUCCGUACUCGAAACACGUUACUGAAUUCUCGAACUACUUCUGUCUUGCUUUGCAGGAAUGCUGCACACAUCUCCAACAACAGCAGAGUCGUCGAGGGGAGGGCGAUAGAAGGAUAUGGGUAUAUGAGUCAGGGCAGAGGGAGCUGUCCGGCAUUAGACGGCUGCCUUCCAGUAUUACCGAACCCGUCAAGACUCUCCUAGAGAUGCUGCGCGAGUAUCCGAGACCAGGACGGUCUGGUACCCUCAACGAAGAUGCAAGGUCGUGGCUUGCGAGUCGCGUAAAUCUUCGCCAAUCCGAGGAUAUUACAGAAGGCGUGGCAGAUGCAGGACAGACCGUGAGCCUUAGCGCACUAACAAGGGCCUGGACAGGAGAAGGGUACCACGAACACCUGUUGCGAAAAUACAUCUGGUACAAAAUGAUCAAGCAGGCCCCGUCUCGACAGUAUGAGAUCAACGCUUUGGUCGGUCAGCUGUUCGAUAAGCCGUGGGAAACCAGACAUCGCAUCCUGACAGCCGACGAGAACAAUGAGUCAGACCUCCGCAUCCAUCACACGAGAGAGCCCGAUGGGGGGAGGCCAGGUUGA